AUGCCUAGCUUUCAGAGAAAACCCAACAACGACUAUUCGACUAGUUUUGAGAGAGAUUAUGGCUCGAAGAAAAAUAAACAGCAGAAUAGAAUCAUUGACGAAUGGGAAGUCUCUUCAAACGAUCUGCAAAUUUUCGAGGAGAAGUUAGGAGCAGGAGCAUACGCUGAAGAGAUCUGGCAAAUUAUUUCCGCUUUCUUAUAUGCAACGAAUGAGGAAAGAGAUGAGAAUCGAGUUGUGCUUGAUCUCGCUUUUGAGCAUCGUCGAAUUGGCGUUUGGUUGUGCCCGUACACAGCCUCCUUCCACGACGACAACAACAAAACGCCUACAAAAACAACGACCACAAGAAAAACGACGACUACGACUCCAGCACCAACGGCUUGUUCAAAGUGCACAAAAUCGAUGGUGGCAAUUGAUACGACGUCCACGGAAACUGGUCCUUUUACAUCGGAAGUCCAAGGGAAAGAUGCUAAUGGCUGUGCAACGUUGACGUUCACUUGUACUUCGACGGCUCCUGGUGGUUUCCAAGCUGUCAUUACGUUUAACAAAAUAUCAAGUGUUACUGGAACGCCGACAGCUAGCGCCGAGUUGAUCUGUUCGUCGACGGGUGACGUGUGGACGUUCUCAUCACGGGGAGAAACGGAAGACAUUACAACAAUUUCGUGCUCAGCUGUUACUUGUGCCUCCAAUCCAUCAGUAUGCCCU